AUGUUUGCAGCUGGAGUAGCCACAAUCACCGACAGAGAACUGCUUUCUUCGAUGAUCGGAGUUCAAGGUCUCAUCUACUGUAAACAAGAAUCUAAGCUUACUCCUCUCCAAGGUGCAGUAGCGAGGGUGACGUGUGAGACGUCGGACGAAUACGGUUAUGAGGCAGAGGAUGUGACGGUGCUUAGCCAAGCGACAGAUGCAAAGGGUUAUUUUCUGGCGACGCUUUCUCCGUCGGAGGUGAAGGAUUAUAAGAAGAAGAGGAUCAAAGAGUGCAGAGCGUUUCUUGAGCUAUCUCCGGCUGACACUUGUUCUUUUCCGACUGAGAUCAACCGUGGAAUCAGCGGAGCCAUCCUCCAAAAUUAUCGUCUUCUAGAAAACAAGCAAGAGAUGAAGCUCUUCACCGUUGGCCCUUUCGUCUUCUCGCCGGAGGAAUCUGAUCAGGACAAGUCUAUUCCCAACGGCUACUAA